UGGCUUCUGUGUCCUCCAAACAGGAAAUUGUGGUCAGGGGAAGUUCUGAUUUCCUGCAGUUGUAGCUGGCCAGGGCCUGGGCUGAGGCCCACAGGCAUGCUUGGAGGAGGGGCCUGGGCUGGGGAGACCAGGGCAGAGGCUGCGGUGAGGGAGAAGGCCGAAUAGGGGGUGGGGCUGGGGCUUGAAGCUUCAGGUGGGGUCACCUGUCCGUCCUUGUGGGUGUGCUGCAGUGGCUGCCGAGGAAGGACGGAUGCAGAGAGUACUUCCUUCCAGCUCAGGGCAGGAGGGGAGCCCCCGGAUGGGAGCAGAACAGAGAUGGAGAGCUGGAUUUCUCAGCUUUCCUGACCAUCAUGCACUCGCAAAUAAAACAAGAGGAUCCAAAGAAAGAAAUUCUUUUGGCCAUGUUGAUGACAGACAAGGAGAAGAAAGGCUACAUCAUGGCGACUGAGCUGCGGUCCAAACUCAUGAACCUGGGGGAGAAGCUCACCCACAAGGAAGUGGAUGAUCUUUUCAAGGAAGCAAAUAUCGAACCAAAUGGCAAAGUAAAGUACGAUGAAUUUAUCCACAAGAUCACCAUUCCUGUGUGGGACUAUUGAACGAAGAGAAUUUCAAGAGAGCCUCCCCCAGGCCUGAAAACUCAGACUGUGAUGUUUUUAAAAAGCAAAGGCUCUUUUACCCUGAGGGGGGCUGGUAAAUGCUGCAGCAAGACGAGAUGAGCUGACUGUAGCUGGUGGUGGGGCGGAAACUCAGCAAUGAUACGAAAUGGCUUCAGCCUGGCAUUAGCAGUUUUAAUAAAAGAUUUGUAUU